AGAUGGUUGUAAUGCUGUCACCGUUCAGGAAAAUAGUAAAUAAAAAAACUAUAUGAACUUGAAAUUCUAGAAAAUAUACUGAUUAAGAAAAGUUGUCAGCGAAAGUGAUCCGUUUGAAAUGGAAGACGUAGACAAAAAGAAUGCGAAAGUGGCCAUUAUUGGAAGUGGAAUGAUUGGGCGGAACUGGGCUAUGAUAUUUGCUGGGGCUGGCUAUCGUGUAUGUUUAUAUGACGUUGAACCAGGUCAAGUUAGCCGGGCACUAGAUGCCACACAGCAUACACUUGCUGGGUACCAGGAGAAAGGUCUUCUAAGGGGUCAGGGGAGUGCCGUAGAGCAGACAGAGAGAAUAAAGGGCACAACAAAUCUUCAGGAAUGUAUUAGUGGUGCUUUUUAUGUUCAGGAGUGUGUACCAGAAGAUUUGGAUUUAAAGAAGAAAGUAUUUGGACAGAUAGAUGAUCUAAUGGAUGAUGAUACAAUAGUGGCAAGCUCUAGUAAUUGUCUAACAGUCUCCAUGUAUGCUGAAGAUUUCAAGCAUAGACAGAACAUGUUAGUUGCUCAACCAGUAAAUCCUCCAUAUUUCCUACCCCUAGUAGAGAUAGUUCCUGCACCGUUUACAUGGUUGAAUGUGAUACAGAAAGUGAGGUCAUUGAUGGAAGACAUCGGUCAAUCACCUAUCACACUGAAGUAUGAGGCUCGAGGCUUUGCCCUCAACAGAAUACAAUAUGCUUGUAUAAAUGAAUGCUGGAAUAUGUAUAAGCAAGGAUUGUUGAGUGCGGAAGAUAUCGACAGAGUAUGUACAGAAGGCCUAGGGAGAAGAUAUGCUUUCAUCGGACCUCUAGAAACUAUGCAUCUUAAUGCACAUGGUGUCGAGGACUAUUGUCAAAAAUUUGCCCAAGGUGCCUACAAUGUACAGCAGGAAACGUUCCACCCACUUCCUGUUCUCUAUGACCUAAAGACUGCCAAAAACGUGCAGGAAGAACUUGAGAAAAGAGUGCCAUUAGAAAAACUGCCUGCACGUCGUGCAUGGCGUGAUAACAUGUUAGCUGGCCUAGCAAAAUUUAAAGCUGAAUCAGAAAAAGAUGACUUCAAGUGAUUGACUUACUAACUAGAUGCAAUAAGAUAUGUAACGCAGGAUUUAUGCGGUAGAUAAUAAUCUAUAAUGCAGUUCUAUAUCAAAACUAUAAAGCUUUGCUUGGCUUUAAUAACUAAUUAUUUUAAAGCUGUAGUGACACUAUUUUAAUAACUUUUAAUAAAUAAUGUGCCAUUGUGAAGUCAAAUCUAAUAUUGAAGUAAUGUUGAAAAUAUUUCUGGAACUUUCAAGACUUUUUCGCAUGCAUUUCCCGGUCUUAUAGACGCUUGCUUUUUAGUUUACGCAUGCGCCUCAGUGAGUCCGAUUGUGAACAAAGGGAAGAAAAUCCUGCAUGUAUAUUUAUGACUGGUAAGUUUAACUUAUUCAUAAAAUUUUAACUUGAUUAUAAUUUUUAGCUCACCUGACAACGAAGUGGUCAAGGUGAGGUAUAGUUAUGGGGCUAUGUCCGGCAUCCAUCGUCGUGCGUCGUUCGUCAUCAACAAUUGGGUUGUUAACAGUCUAGCAGUCACAGUUUUGAUUGGAUCAUUGUCAAACUUUGUCAGAAUGUUUGUCUCAAUGAAAUACAGAUCGAGUUCGAAGAUGGGUCAUCUCCGGUCAAAAACUAGGUCACAGGAGCUAAAAAUAGAAAAACCAUGUUAACACUCUACUGGCUGCAGUUUUGAUUCAAAAUCUGGAAAUUUGUCAGGAAGGUUGUUUUAAUGAAUUCUAGGUCAAGUUUGAAGAUGGGUCAUAUCUGGUGAAAAACUAGGUCACAGGAGCUAAAAAUAGAAAAGCAUGUUUACACUCUAGUGGCUGCAUUUUUGAUCCAAAUAUUCUAAAAAUUUGUCAGGAAGGUUGUUUUGAUGAUUUCUAGGUCCAGUUCAAAGAUGGGUCAUCUCCGGUUAAAAACUAGGUCACAGGAGCUAAAAAUAAUAAAAAAAACUUGUUAACACUCUACUGGCUGCAGUUUUGAUCCAAAUAUUCUGGAAAUUUGUCAGGAAGGUUGUUUUGAUGAUUUCUAGGUCAAGUUCGAAUAUGGGUUGUCUCCAGUCAAAAAUUAGGUCGCAUUGUCCAAAUAUGGGAAACCUUUUUAACACACUAGAGGUCACAUUUUUAACUCAAUUGUCAUCAAACUUGGCCAGGAUGCUUGUCUAAGACAUUGCUUGGAUGUGGUUGAUGGGUCAGGGGAGCGAUCCAGGGCCAUCAUGGCCCUCUUGUUUCAGUUUUGAGGUGAUUUCUAGACUUGUUUUAUAUGUAAAUUUUACAUUUACUUUUCUCAUGUUACUGUCUUUUGUUUAAGCUUUUUGAUCUCUGAAAUUGCGUGGAGCAAUACAGGACCUUCAGAGCCCUCUUGUUAAUUGUUAAAUGUGAGCAAGAAAGUUUGAACUGCGGAACUAUUAUGCUAACUCAAGUGCUUACUAUAAAAUCAGCAAUAAGUUUGGAUUCAGGGCUGUUUUAUUCAUGUUUAUAUUGUCCCGGUGUAGAAAAGUUGUAACCUAGAGCUUCUGUUUUAUACAUUGAAGUGUAGAAGUUUUUGUUAUCACAUGAUAGGGUGAUUUUCAUAUGAAAUAUAUAAAUGUUAUUAUAAUUGUUUUGACAUGUCUAUUUUUAGAUGUACAUAUAUAAUACAUGUAUAUUUUAACAAGGAUUUUAUCUUUUUCCAUUUGAAAUAUGUUUAUCAUCUUAUUUUUGAUUUGAUUUAAUGCUCAUUUUCUAUAAAAAGAACAAUUUUAAUUAAUUAUUUAAAAAACUUAAGUUCGAUGUUUCUGUGUAUUUUCAUUGUAAGACAUUAUAUUAAAUUUUAACUGACUAGGGAAAAUACUCAAACUUAUGAUAUUUAUAAUCGUGGCUUCAUUGAACGCCGCCUUUCCUUGCUGAUCUUGUUUAUCAUAAUAAUAAUAUUAUUUUACCUAUCACAUUUAAUUUGUUUUCACGUUGUACUCUAUAUAUGUUGAAUGUUCAAAUAACAGACAUUAACUGGGUAUAACUGUGUAGUAAUUUGGUUAUGCACCAAAUAUUCAUAUUUAUUUUAUGCUUUCCAGUGUUUUACUGUAAUAUAUCUGAUAAACCACGAGUGAAAUUUAUAAAACAUAAUUUUCACUGUAGCUGGACUAUAUCUGAAUGCGGAUGAAAAGAAUAGAAUAAUGGGCAAAAAUAAAUGCCGUCUUAAGAAAUUUUGCAUCUUUAGGAAAAGAAAGUCGAUGUCAUCAUACAUCAUGUUAAAAAUGUAACAAAAUUAGAGAAAUUUAACAGAACUAUAUUUCAAACAUGAUGAUGUGACGUCAUGAUGUAAUGACGUCAUAAGGGAGAAUGCUCGACGUUAUGCAGCAAAAUCAAUAAAAAGUACUUAAAAUCACUUAAAAAGCAUGAAAUCAAAAGAAAAUUUAUUUGUUUAACAUAUAAGAAUGAAAUAUAUUUCAUUCGUGAACACCGGCUUUUUUAUUUUCACUCGUGGCUGUAAUGUUUCUUGUUUUUAUGUACGUAUGUUUAGUAUGUUUAUUAUGGAUACGGAGUUCAGUAAUUCACAAAUGUGAAUAGAUUUAAGAAAGAAUCUCAGAACUGGCUAGUGGCGGGAAUCGCCUGUCUGUAAAUAAGAACUGCCCAUUCAAACAUGAAUGGAAUAGUACUGAUAAUAUAAAGGUCAAGGUAAAAUAAUCAUGCAGGUUAAACAGAUAUCGUUACAUUUCCCUCUUCUUGAGAAUUUGAAACUCUUUCAAUAUACAAUGUCUAUUAAAUAUGUUUGAUAAUAAUUUAACAAUAACAUUUUUAUUACAUGAAAAAAUGAAUAAUAUAAAUGUUUAAGCUGUUUCAACAAACUUUAUCAAUGAUGAAAAUAUACAUUAAUUCGUGUAAAUAAAACACAGGUUUAACAAAUAAAUGAUAAAAGUUCAAUCACAUUUUUUAUGUUCUCUGCGUUAUUGUUCAUUUGUUACUCCAUUUUUCAUCAAAGUAUCUUUUGUUCUGUUUUACUUCCCUGCCUGAUGUUCAUUGUGGUAUAAGGGUUGUUUUGGCGGGGCUUGUCAUUGCACUCAGAGGUUAUAGCGUGGUCAGAAUUAUUUGAUUCUGGAAAGUUACUAAUAUUGGGAUUCAAUAAGGGGUUAUGGGGAGGUGAUUCUUCUAAGAUUCUAGGUGAGAAUUCUUGCAUUUCUGGAAAGUUUUCCUUUGUUUUGUUCAGCUUGACCCUGUUUCUGCGGUAAAUACCACCUGUUUUAGUUUGCAUUGAAUAGGAGCGGUCAUCGUGUAUUUCUAUAACUUGCUGGUUCCCAGUGAUUUUUAACUUGAUGCUGUUUAUACUCAUUUAGUUUUAAAGGGGGAAGUUUGUUCUGUCGGUUUUAUCAUAGCAAGAUUUUUGUUUUUGUUUGAUAUCUUUCAUUUUUUAGCUCACCUGUCACAAAGUGACAGGGUGAGCUUUUGUGAUCGCUUUUCGUCCGGCGUCCGUCCGUCCGUCCGUAAACUUUUACUUUAAAUGACAUCUCCUCAUAAACCACUCAGCCAAUUUCAUCCAAACUUCACAGGAAUGUUCCUUUGGUGGUCACCUUUAAAAAUUGUUCAAAGAAUUUAAUUCCAUGCAGAACUCUGGUUGCCAUGGCAACCGAAAGAAAAAACUUUAAAUAUCUUCUUUUAAAAAACCAUAAGAGCUAGAGCUUAGAUAUUUGGCAUGAAACAUCUUCUAGUGAGUGUCUACCAAGUUUGUUCAAAUAAAAGCCCUGGGGUCAAAAUUGGCCCCGCCCCAGGGGGUCAUUGAUUUUCCCUAUAUGCAUAUAGUAAAAACUUAAAAAAUCUUCUUUUAAAGAACCAAAAGAGUUAGAGCUAAGAUAUUUAGCAUGAAACAUGUUCUAAUAAGUGUGUACCAAGUUUGUUCAAAUAAAAGCCCUGGGGUCAAAAUUGGCCCCGCCCCGGGGGGUCAUUGUUUUUCCCUAUAUGCAUAUAGUAAAAAGUUAAAAAAUCUUCUUUUAAAGAACCCAAAGAGCUAGAGCUAAGAUAUUUAGCAUCAAACAUGUUCUAAUGGGUGUCUACCAAGUUUGUUCAAAUAAAAGCCCUGGGGUCAAAAUUGGCCCGCCCCGGGGGUCAUUGAUUUUCCCUAUAUGCAUAUAGUUAAAACUUAAAAAAUCUUCUUUUAAAGAACUCAAAGAGCUAUGGCUAAGAUAUUGAGCAUCAAACCUGUUCUAAUAGGUGUCUACCAAGUUUGUUCAAAUAAAAGCCCUGGGGUCAAAAUUGGCCCCGCCCGGGGGUCAUUGAUUUUCCCUAUAUGCAUAUAGUAAAAAACUUAAAAGAUCUUCUUUUAAAGAACCAAAAGAGUUACAGCUAAGAUAUUUAGCAUAAAACAUGUUCUAAUAAGUUUUACCAAGUUUGUUCAAAUAAAAGCCCUGGGGUCAAAAUUGGCCCCGCCCCGGGGGUCAUUGAUUUUCCCUAUAUGCAUAUUGUAAAAACUUAAAAAAUCUUCUUUUAAAGAACUCAAAUAGCUAGAGUUAAGAUAUUUAGCAUCAAACAUGUUCUAAUAGGUGUCUACCAAGUUUGUUCAAAUAAAAGCCCUGGGGUCAAAAUUGGCACCGCCCCGGGGGUCAUUGAUUUUCCUUAUAUGUGUAUAGCAAAAACUUAAAAAUCUUCUUUGAAAAAACCCAAAUAGCUAGAGUUAAGAUAUUAAGCAUGAAACAUCUUUUAGUGAGUGUCUACAAAGUUUGUUCAAAUAAAAGACCUGGGGUCAAAAUUGGCCCCGCCCAGGGGGUCAUUGAUUUUCUUUAUAUGUGUAAAGGAAAAACUUAAAAUCUUCUUUGAAAAAACCCAAAUAGCUAGAGUUUAGAUAUUAAGCAAGAAACAUCUUCUAGUAAGUGUCUACAAAGUUUGUUCAAACAAAAGCCCUGGGGUCAAAACUGGACGGCCCCAGGGGUGUCAUUGUUUUUAACUAUAUGUGUAUUAUUAGUAAAAACUUUAAAAAAAUCUUCUUUUAAAAAGCCCAAUGAGCUAGAGCUUAGAUGUUUAGCAUGAAACAUCUUCUUAUGGGUGUCUACCAAGUUUGUGCAAAUAAAAGCCCUUGGGUUAAAUUGGCCCUGCAACGUUGGAGGGGGGGGGGGGGGGGGUUGGGGGCCUAUAUACAGGUGAGCGACCUCAGGGCCAUCAUGGCCCUCUUGUUUUAUUUAUUAUGGGGUCGAUGCUUUGGGGCUUCAGUUGCGCAUAAGUGACCGGUAGAAUUGAUUUUGUUCUUCUACCCAUUAAUAGUUGGUUUGGUGAAAAGCCAACUUCAAGGUGUGUAUUGCUAUAUUCUAGAAUAGACAAAUAUGGAUUUCUAUGGCUUUCCUGGGCUUUUUUUGAAUAUUCUUUUGACAAUAGAUACUGUUUUUUCAGCGAGACCAUUACUGAUAGGAUGUUUCAUGUGAAAAACCCAUUCCCUCGCAAAAUCUGAGAAAUUUUCUGCAGAGAAUGGCGGGCAUGCCAGGUCAAAACAAAGCGUCUUUAGCUCUAAUAUUUUUGUGUAAUAUCUAGUAUGCUGAAGUAUUUUGAAUUAUUUUCGUGACGUCACGUCAUCAAAAGUUCGCAUAGGAUAAUGUGGCCUUCGUAUAGCGUCAUUCAGGUUUUUAGGGUCAAUACAUAAACUCAAUUACCCUGUUUUCUUCUCAACUAUCACAAGGGAAUUAGGUUCUGUUACUUUUGUAAUUAUGCCCUCUUUCUCCAUGCGCUGGAGUUCAGUUUUUAAUCUAUCUCUUAAUGCCUCCGGAACUCUGCGGGGAGGAUUAAUGAUAGGAAUUGCAUCUGUCCUAAUGUGCAAUUUACUUUCACCUGAAGGGGCGUCCGUGGCCGAGUGGUUAAGGUCGUUGACUUCAAAUCACUUGCCCCUCACCGCUGUGGGUUCGAAUCCCGACAGGGACUUUGGAUUCUUUCAUGUGAGGAAGCUAUCCAGCUAGCUUACGGAACGUCGGUGGUUCUACUCAGGUGCCCGUUCGUGCCUGAAAUAAUGCACGGAAGGGCACCUGAGGUCUUCCUCCACCAGUAAAGCUGGAACGUCGCGAUAUGACCUAUACUGUGUCGAUGUGACGUAAAACCCAAAACAAACAAACUAAACUUUCACCUGGAAUGACCCCGAUGCCUUUAAAUACAUCUCCAUACUCUGAUAAGAUCUUUUGUAUAUCAAGUGCUGUGGAGGUUUCUACUGAGUAUGUCAAUUGUAUCUGGUUAAGGUUAACAGAUGUUUGUAAACUAAGUAGUGGGACGGUGUUGCUAUCUACAAUAUAGCAAUUUGAUUGACACACUCAUUUGCAGGUUGAGCGUGCCACAUACAGGUAACCUGUUUCCAGUGUAUGAGGUCAAGUGACUACUGGGGGCUCAAGAGGGUGAUUUAUGUUGAGUUUCUUGAGCUGAUUUAAUUAAAGGGAGAAUAUCCACAGCGCUACCUGCGUCUAAUUUGAAAUGUAUAGUUAUACGGGAAGGGCCAACGUUUAUUUGGACAAAUGCACGUUCAGUAGGAGAAGAAACAAUUACCGUGUCUAUGCAAAAUUCUGUAUUUUUCUCUGCAUCCGAAUCACUUUGUUUAAAUCCAUUUACUGAACUAACGUUAUGUACAUUCCUGUAUUUUGAUCUGCAUACACUGGCAAAAUGGUAAAACUUUCCACAAUUAUGACAUGUCAUGUUUUUGGCUGGACAGAUUUGAUGAUGUGUGUGUUUUUUUCGUCCACAAGUUUGAGCAGUUUCCAUCCUUGGAGUUUCCUGCUGCUUUUUGUUGCGCAGUUGGUUGUUGUUGUUGGUGAUGCUGAUGAUAGCGGUGGCGAUGAUUAGUGCGUAUAUUUCUCUGUUUGACUGCGUCUACAUUUUCUUUGCCUAUUGUUCUUAACUGUUCUUGGCAGUAUUCCAUAUUUUGCAUUAUGUGAAUUGUUUUGUCAAGUGUUAACUUGUCACCUUCGAUGAUCAAUUUUUUCUCUGGCUUUUGGGUUAUUUAUCCCAAAAACGAUUCUGUCACGGAUCAUUUCUUCAGGUUUGUCGAAUUGACAAUCUCUGACCCUUAUCCGUAGUCGUGUUAGGAAAGAGUCGAAGUUGUCAGAACCUUGUGUUUCGUUAUAAAAUUUGAAUCUGGCAAAUAUGGGGUUAAGUUUUAGCUGUACGUAAUUUCUAAACCGUGUGUAGUAGGUUUCUAAUUUUUUCUGGUCUUCUGCGGAUAUAUCGCCCCAUGUUUGGCAGACCUCUCUGCCUCUGCUUUCUACCCAGAUUAAAUGGUAGCUGACUUUCUGCUCUUCUCUUUUUUCUAAUAAUGGGCGGUGGAAGAUUAAUGUUGCGUGUUCUUCAAACUUUUGUCAUUCGUCUGGCAAAUUUGUACUGCCCCAAUUCAUUUGCGGCUGUGGAAUUCCCUCCAUUAUUCUAAUAAGUGUUUAAAAUAUACUUUAUAUGAGAGCUUAAUAAUCUUUUUUUUUUCACUUUUUUAUCCGAUUUUUACUUCUGACAUUCUUGUUUUUAUGUACGUAUAUUUAUUAUGGAUACGGAGUUCAGUAUUUCACGAAUGUGAAUAGAUUAAAGAAAGAACACAGAUGUGAGCUUAUCAAGUUUAAUCUCAGAACUGACUAGUGGCGGGAAUCGCCUGUCUAUACAUUCAAGCAUGAAUGGAAUAGUACUGAUAAUAUAAAGACCACGGUAAAAUAAUCAUGCAGGUUAAACAGAUAUCGUUACAGUGGUACACCACUCGUGAAACUAUUGCAUCUGGUGUUCACUCAGUGAAAUAUAUUUCAUUCUUAUGCAAAACGAACAAAUAUCCUCUAUUUAAACAGGCAUGUUUAAGCACAGACAAUUUACCAUUUAAAGCAAGGCAAUAUAUUUAUUAUUUUAUUUCAUCCAGUUAGACCCGAUUCUAUACUCUUGGCUGUUGUAUUAGUGGUAGGGUAGUUCCAAAAUUUGUGCAAGUGUCAAGUUUUUAGGAACACUGUAUAUUUCACUACAGAGCUAUAUUAUAAGAUUUCAUUUUUGAUUUAGACGAUUUCCUUUUCCUUGAUAAAUUUAAACAAGUGAAUAUGGAACUGCCCUGUUCAUAUAAGGGGCAUUUAAUGUCAAAUUGAAAGUAAGUAGCUAGAAAGUUUAGUUAUACUGAAUAGGCCUGUAGACUUGCCAUGCUUUCUAUAAGUAGCAUGUGCAUGUCACUGUGGCCAAAAAAUGUUCACCAUCUUUAAAGUAUAUUGGAAACAAGGGGACACAGAUUUUAAAUUUUAUAUUGAAUGAUAAAACAAGCGUGCAUUUAGCACAUAUACAUGUAAUAUAUGUUUGUGGCAUUUACUGCCAGUAACUGUGAUUACAUAUGUGUAACAUACGUACGUAUGCUGUAUUAACGUACAGAUGAAGUCUCUUCAAUAUUAUAUGUUUCUCUUGUUACUAAUUGUUAUAAUCAGACUCUUAUGUAAAUAAACAAUAUAAAAAAAUCA